CUGCCACAGAACGAAUUGUAACCAUGCCUCCGCGUCGACGAGCUCACGUCUUCACCCAGGAGAGCAUCAACCAACAACUGCAACAAAUCCAUCUUCUCGACCAGUCAUCUUCCUCGGAAAAUUUGGAACAGCUGGGUCCGCUAAUUAAGCAAAUCCACACCAACAGACAGCAGGAAGCCUUUCUUCGCACCGUUCAAGGGCUCAUCGAAUCCAAAGACCAAGAGAUCGAGAAAAUAUGCGGAGACAACUACCAAGACUUUAUUUCGUCGGUUUCUACGCUGUUUACGGUAAAGUCGUACACGGACAAGAUGAAGGAGAACAUUGCUACCCUGGAUACCAGUGUCGCGCAGCUGGGGCAUGGGCUAGUAGAGAAGAAACGGGCAUUGUUACAGUCGAAGAAGACCGCUGCAAAUCUUGACGAGGCAAUCGACACCCUUCAGGCUUGCUUACGCGUCUUGGAUGUAGUGUAUAGAGUGGGCGUAAUGGUUACGGAAGGCAAAUAUUGGAGCGCGUUGAGGUGUCUUGACGACAUCCCGAGCAUUGCUCCAACGCUGUUACUCCAAACACCUUUCUAUCAACAUUUGCUAUCUUCCCUACCUUCUUUGCGCGGUCAAAUAAAGGAUGCAGUAACCGCUUCCAUGAAGCAAUGGCUGCUUGAAAUAAGAAAUAAUAGUGGCGAUGUUGGGCGGCUGGCACUUGACAAUAUGGAGACGAGGUCACGAAGGUGGAGAUCAAGACGAGAGAAAGACCAGUUCCUGAGGAUGAGUCCCGUCGGUAGCGCUGUGGAAUUGGUCACUUCAGAAAAAUCUGAAUACGACGUUCUGAACAACGAUGAACUCAAGAUCGACUUUAAGCCGCUUUUUGAAUGUAUACAUAUUUAUACAGCCUUGGAUUCCUUGGGUGAGCUUCAGCGAUCAUAUCAAGGGGACAGAAAGGCACAAUCUGACCUGAUCCUGCCCGACCCUCUUCCUAUAUCUUCAUUACCAUCACUCAUUCAAGAAAUUUCUGGUUUCUUCAUUGUGGAAAGUCACGUCCUUGAAACGACGGAUACUUUUAGGUCCCAGCGAGACAUAGAAGAACUCUGGGACUCACUUGUAGGUCGAUUGAGAACAGGAAUUGAAAACGCUUUACAGACAGAAAAUGAUCCCGAUACUUUCCUACGGGUGAAAGAAUAUCUGAUAGAAUUUCUCAUGACCUUAGACUCACCAUCCUAUCCGACUGCAUCAUUGCAUUCGUUUAUCAUUGUUCUUUUUGAAAGGUAUGCCAGGCUGCUAGAAGCUCAGUUCAGUCGACGUUUUGACAGCAUUAUACAACAUGAUGAUCAUCUGUCAAUGUAUAUCGAAACUACCUCAGAAUUGGCGACAGUCUUGGAAAUAGUCUGGCUAAGUGAGUCAGAGCGAGUUGAAAUCAAACAGCGGGCUUUGCCCGUAGACCUUCCCUGGUCGCAGACAUUCUAUCUAUGCUGUCAGGACAUACGUGGAUUUAUUCAAAAAUUCUAUGCUUUUGUGGAAGGAGUAUCACAACAUCACCGAAACAUCGAUGAAAUGCUGAACAAGUCCUUGGACAGCCUCUUAACAAACAGCAUCAGUAUAGCUAUCGGGCAACGUCUUGCAGGAACGACCACCCUCACCCAGAUUGCCCAAAUUGUGACCAAUCUCGAACAUUUUCAGGUUGCCUGUGUGGAACUAGAACGAUCUUUGACUAACUUGCGCUCCGCUCAGAGAGGAGGGACGAUCCACCUGGCUGCCUCCAAUUCAUUUGAGAGCACCUUAUCGCGGGCAUUGGCACGCAUCUCGGGAUUGAUCAACUCCAAGUUGGAUGAUUUCUUUGAGCUUUCUGAGUAUGACUGGACACCUAACAAGCGCGAGGAUUCGCCGAGCAUGUAUCUCUAUGAGCUGGUCAAUUGGCUGACCACGGUGGUGGACUCGCUUGUCAUCAAAGAAGCAUACAAGGACGAGGCCUAUAGAGGAGCUGUAGGAUAUAUCGCGGACUGUCUCAUGGAUUUCCUAACCGGGAGGAACAUACCAAUGAUGAAUGAAAAUGCCAUUUCGAACUUACUGAUUGAUGUGGAUUUCAUCGAGGAAGAACUGCGGCGAAUAGGAAGGCAACAUUUAUCCAGCGCGUUCAUUGAGCUGCGUUCCACAACUUCUAUUCCCUUGAACAAUUCCGUCCCAGAGUAUUUGGUCCUCGCUAACCGUCAAUCAUCAUUCCCGUCCGUCAAACAAAAACGUCUCCAAGCGCUGCUGGAGAAGCUCGCCAAGUACGGCACCACUCGACGUGAUGCGGGGGAGAGAGAGCUUGCGGAGAGACGGCGCAAAGAAGCAGAGGCUGUAGGGAGACUAUAUCCAGGCGAAGGCCGGUAGAGAGCUGUAUACUUAUCACGUUGUAAUAUCAAUGCAUUAUUGGAUCAUUCAG